AAACAUUCGUCAUUAAAGCAAUAGGAUUAAAAAGCUGUUAAAAAGUAAAACCUUUACAAAAUAUAUCUUAUAAGUUCACAACGUACCGUAUGAUUUUCUAAAUUUGUAUUUAAUAAAAUAACUUUGUUAUAAUGAACAAGAAACGAGGGUUUUUAUUUGCAAUCACAACAAUUACAAUGUUUUGUGAGUCAAAAGCUACAGAUGCAUUUGACAAGGAAACGCCUGGAAUGAAAUAUAAUUUGGUAAUGAAUGAAUACAUACGUUACCAAGACGAAGUGUGUAAAUUUGGAAAAUUUCGGGAAGAAACGAUUGCUUUGAACGACAAAGACAGAAUUACAUUCUUAGUACGUGAAGCUUACCCGAUGGCUCGCAGAGGUCGAACUCAAAAGUACAUAUUACUCGUAACCAUGUACAGUCUCGAAAUAAUAUAUUUGACGGGAGAUGGUUCGUUGAAUGAUCACAUUUACUAUCUUAUGGUAACGGUUCUGGACACAAUCUUGGAGAGAAUAAAAGGCAGAGCAUAUAUACAUCAGAUACAAUUUUUCAGGGACAAUUUAAGUAGAGAUUAUCCUCGGAAAUUUAUAAAACGGUUGAACACAAUAUCGGACAUUCUUUGGAAUAAUAUGAAUAAACCGCCUAACUGGUCCAAAUUCGAUACAACAGAUCGUCUUAUGACUUUGGAAUUUUUUGGUACCCUAUGCGUUAAACAAAACGAUUUCGUUGUGGAUAUAUUAAAAUCAGAUAUCAAGUCACGAGAUGAACUAUUAGAAACCCUUGAAAAAAUCGAAUUUAAAUGUUUUCUAUGAAAGUUCUGAAAUGAAAAGAAAGCCGCCCAACACAGUGGGGAUGUGUCAUAGUUGUGACAAGUAUAGCUGAUAUCGGUAUAAUAAAAACGGUUCCAUACAAAUCUGUAAGUAGUGUUUAA